AUGUCAAAGGUAUAUCACACAGAUGGUAAAACUAUAACAAUAAAUACUGAUUAUUGUAUUGGUUGUGGGGCAUGUGUAGAUAUUUGUCCUACUGGUGUACUUGAUGUAGUUGAUAGAAAGAGUAUGGCUGUUAACAUUGACAAUUGUUGUAAAUGCAGGGAAUGUACAGGAGUGUGCCCAGUUGAUGCAAUAACUAUAGACUAA